UAAAAGUGUUAAUAGUCGCGUCUUUUUGAACUUGAGGUCAAUAGCGAAAUUUGUUUCAUGUGAGAAAGAUGUUUCUCUAUUACGCUCUUGUCAUCAUUGCUUUCCUGAUACUUUACUAUUUACUAUUAAAAGAUGCUCGUUAUGGCAAGGAACCUCCAGGUCCAAAACCAUUGCCAAUCAUUGGAAAUUUGCUCGAUCUGGUUAACUCAUCUGGUAACAUGACCUUAGCGUUGGGAAAUUUGGCUGAAAAAUACGGGGAAAUAUAUUCCUUAAAGCUCGGAUCUAAAAAGUCAGUCGUACUCACUUCAAAGGAAGCCAUGCAAAUCAUCCUCUCUAAUGAGGCCACGUUUGCUCGAGAUUUCUCAGGAAUGUGGGUCGAUCGAAGUUUCCAUAAGAAUUUAGGAAUUGCUUUUUCUGAAGGAGAAGUCUGGGAAACGUUGAGACCUUGGACGUUUAAGACGUUGAAAGAUUUCGGUUUUGGCAAAUCUUCGGAGAUGGAACGUUUUAUCAAAGUCGCAUCGGAACGUUUAUUCGCCUCAAUCGACUAUAAGAUUGGACCCGAAAAGACGAGCUGUAACCUCGAUGUCGAACUGCUCUACAACAGUGCCAUUCUUUCCAUCAUGUGGCAAAUGAUAGUUGGUCGUCUGUCCCCAGAGGACGAACCGUCCAUCAAAAUUAUCUCCGAGAAAGGAGACGCUUUCAAUCGAACCAGCAUUUUUGGGGCUGGAAUCGUAAAUGCGUUUCCAUUCUUGAGAUAUAUCUUCCCAGACGCGUUAGGAUACAAUGUGCAAAUGGAUUUUUUCAAGGAGUGCAACACAAUUGCGAAAAAUUUGUUCACUGAAAUGGAAGCAAAGAUGAGAAAAUUCCAGCUCACAAUGCCCACAAAUUUAUUGGAAGCUUUCGUCCUAAAUAGUAUCAAGGAUCCUAAAAUUUUUAAUUGUGAUAACUUCCUGCUCACUUUUCAAGACAUGCUGCUCACCAGUAGCGACACAUCCAACACGUUUAUGGAGAUUGUGAUUUUGUACCUCAUAACUUAUCCGGACGUACAGGAGAAAGUUUAUGAAGAAAUUUUAAAAGUUUCACCAGAUGGGAGAGACCUUAGUUAUUCUGAUAGAAUAAAAAUGCCGUACAUUCAAGCCUUCUUCUUGGAAGCGCAUCGAAAAGGACAACCCCUCCAGAACUUGGUUCCACGUCGUGCCUUGUCGAAUAUUGCGUAUAAGGACUACAUUAUUAAGAAGGACACCAUCAUUAUGAGUGACACGCGGCUCUACUAUGAAAACAAGGAGGAUUGGAUUGAUCCAGAAGCAUUUCGACCUGAACGUUUCCUUGACGAGGCUGGACAGGUGGUCAAUGCGGGGAAGAUUAUUUCCUUCUCAUUCGGGAAGAGGAACUGUCCGGGAGAACUCCAAGCGAACAUUGUUGCCUUUCUGGGGAUCACCUCACUCUUGCAACGGUACAAGUUGAGCGUUCCGAAAGGUCAGCAAAUGCCCAGGUUGGACAUGAGGCCGGGAUUGACGUUAAAACCGUACCCCUUCCAAGCCACGUUUGCUAAACGACAGUGAUCUUUAAACUACGGUCUUGCAAGUGACCUUUUUGUAUUUUUCCGUAAUUAUAAGCCUUUUGUGGAAACGAAUUAUGUAUAAGUGGGUGCUUUUUGAAUGCUCCAGUUUUUUGUAAUUUUAGUUUUAGGCGAUCGACUUGCGUAAAACGUUUAAGUAAUUACUAAAAUAAAUAUGAUAGCUUUGAAAAGACGCGAAACUUCAGCACUACAUACAUACAUAGAUACUAUCUCUAUGUCUAAUAGAUGAAUUGCAUGACAUUUGCGACGUGCUUAAAUUGAUUGGAAAUGGGUCCUAUUUAACUGAUCAUAAUUUAAUACUGCUUCCGACCAUAAUUAAUACUUUUUUUCCCGAAUCUGCGUUCUUCAGUGAAACAAAAAAUGGAUUAUCAACUAACUAUUUCGCUUUAGUUUAUGAUCAAAAAAAGUUUAAAAUAUAAUUAGAAGUAAUACUUUUCAAUUAUUUAAAAUAAAUAAAACAAGUGUGCACAUUAACCCCACCAAAUGGGGUAAGUGGGGCCAGUGGAGGGGUUAGUGUGGACACGCAUAUGUUUUAAUGCAAAUAUAUUUGCAUAUUAAAAUGCUUUUCGAAUUCAUGCCAGAUCGAGGAUUAUACAAAUAUUGCGUAAACUAUAUUUUUUAAAGAUGGAAUUUGAAUAUUCCAAUAUAAAUUUGGACAAUUUACGGACAAGAUAUCUGCGAAGAAUAAUUACCCCUGCAAAUUGUCCAAAUUAUGCGGGAUUAGAAUCCAAUUACAUACAAGGAUUAGAAUCCAAUUACUAAAAUCAUUCACACCUAUCCACUGUGGGAAGCAAACGAUUAGAAAAAGUUGAUACAUAAAACGUUACUUAAAACGUUUAAGGAAUGAUUGCCGCUACAUAUGUUUUCGAAAAAACAUUUAAAAUCUUCCAACGCUGGUCUCAAUUACUCAAUUAUCGAUCAAAUUAAAGGUUUCGCAGCCUCCACCAGACGCUAAAUGUAUACUCACUGAAGAGAAAUGCAAGCGUGGUAGACCAGAAAAACCUUCCAAGAAAUUUGUAAUUGACUAAAAAUCGAAAAGUUUGUAAAGUUUUUUAAAGUUUCAUAUUUUAAAGUGUAUUUUUACUUAUGGUAAAAUUGAGUAAUUAUUAUACACAAGGAAGCACUUUAUUAUGGUGAGAGAUAGUAUUCGGGGAAAAAGUAUUAAUUAUGGUCAAAAGUAGUAUUAAAUUAUGAUCAGUUAAAUAUUAUCCAUUGGAAAUUUAGUCUUCAUUCUUAUUUUAAAUCCCCAUUUUAGAUAUUUCACUGCACUACUUCAAUUAACCCUCUUUUAAUAAUGUACUAUUUUAAAUAACUUGUAUGUAUAUAAGUGUAUUACAUAUGUAUAAUCCGAGUUUGCAUGAAUAAACUCGGUUCCAGUGAGCAUUUGGCCACCUUCACACCUGAUGUACUAGCUUCAUGACAUGAUUACAUAUAUGUAAGUUUGCUGUUUUUAGGCGAGUUUUUUCGUCAUAUUAGGAAGAAAGAUGCAGGCUUGCUGUUAAGAGCAAGGGGCAUCAUUUCGAGCUAAGUAAUUCCCGAUAGCAAAAAUUCGCCUACAGGUACAAAAACUUGUCAAAAAUUGUUGCACGAUAAUGGGGCAAUAUGUAUGUAUAUAAGUAUCUCAAUGUAUGUUUAUUUCGAGGUUGGCAAAUUUCAAUAAAGAUUGAUAUGAACAUGAUUAA